AAUCAUUUUCCGAAGCAAUUGGUUCAAUUGACUCAGAGGUUCGGAAAGCUUCGUUUCUGCCAUCACUAGUAAAGGUCAGUUAACUCUUAAGAACUAAUAAGAAUCACCUUGUAAGUUCCCACUUGUGCAAGUCUGGAGUACCAUGAUUGUUAAUGAACAGGGAGGGGCCAUCGGUAAAAAGCUACAGUCUAUAGAGCAUAAAAGGUCAAAGGGAUCCACUUUAAUGGUGUGAUCAGUGGUGCAGUAAUGGCAGAAAGUAUGGGUAGAUUGUAUCUUCUGGCACUUUGUGGGUGGUUUUGUGCUAUCUGUCAUACUGUUCCACAGUGGAGUAUUCGGUCCAAGGGGCCACCAGCUGCAGUUUUCCAUCAAAGUUCACAACAAGGGGGGAUUCUAGCAAAGAAUCCACAAGCUCUUGUGUUCCAGCCAAGUGAUCAGCGGCUAGCUCAACAGGCUCUGCAACGGCAGACUCAAAAGUUUCCACCCAAGCAGCCUGUGUCACAGGCAGAGCCUCUUGACAAGUGUACUGUAGCUGAUUAUGAGCAGAUCCAAUGUGGACAACCUGGUAUCAGUGCUGUGGGGUGUGAAGCUAUAAAUUGCUGUUUUAAUGGACAGCAGUGCUAUUAUGGGAAAGCAGUGACUGUCCAGUGUAUUAGAGAUGGCCAGUUUGUGGUUGUGGUGGCCAGAGAUGUUACACUUCCGCAGCUAAGCCUGGAUACGGUCCGUCUGUUGGGUGGAAGUGACCCACCAUGUGCUCCAGUUGGGUCCACCUCUUCCUUUGUCAUCUAUCAAUUCCCUGUCACUGCUUGUGGCACAAGCAUGAUGGAGGACAGUGGAUAUGUAGUGUAUGAGAACAGAAUGACAUCAUCCUAUGAAGUGGGGAUUGGACCACUUGGAUCCAUCACAAGGGACAGUCAUUUUGAGCUUCUCUUCCAGUGUAGGUAUUCUGGCACUGCUGUUCAAGCUCUAGUUGUGGAGGUUAACACCGUUCCUCCACCUCCACCUGUAGCUGCUCCUGGACCACUCCGAGUGGUGCUUAGGCUGGCCAAUGGACAAUGUGUCACUAAAGGAUGUGCUGAAGAGGCUGCAGCGUACACGUCCUACUACAGUGAUGCUGAUUACCCAGUCACAAAAGUCCUGCGAGAACCUGUGUAUGUUGAGGUGCACAUUUUGGAGAGGACUGACCCAAAUAUUGUCCUGACGCUGGGACGCUGCUGGGCGACAUCAACCCCUGAUCCCUUUGGCCUACCUCAGUGGGACCUUCUAGUUAAUGGAUGCCCUUACCAGGAUGACCGUUACCUGACUACACUGGUUCCUGUGGAUGUCUCCUCUGGUCUUCAGUUCCCAACACACUACAAGCGCUUUAUUGUAAAGAUGUUCACAUUUGUGGAUCCUGCAUCACUAGCUCCUCUACAGGAAACCGUCUUCAUCCACUGUAGUACAGCAGUGUGCUAUCCCUCUUCCACUAGCUUCUGUGAGCAGAGCUGCAGCAGGCAAAGAAGGGAUGCCCAUUUCAAGAUGACUUCUAAUGGGGAAACCGUGGCUUCUAGUGGAGAAGUUACCCUGGUCAUGCCAUAACAUUGGCUAUUACAAUAAACUGAAC